CGAAGUAUCCAAAGGCAUCAAGGCACGGCCUCAAAGACAACCGAAAUUCCAAGGCACUGACAGCCUGGAUCCGAGGCCCCCAACUUGCGCAGCUUGCUCGCCCCCUUUGAGCGCGGUAACAUCUGUACACCUACUUAUGCGGAGAGUUAAUUGCCUGAUACUUUGAUACCACAGGAAGGACCACGAAACAUUUGAGUUUAUGCCUAUGGACCCCGCAGCUGCUCGCUAGCUUUCAAUACCUAAAAGUAUUAAUACAUACAGUUGCCUGGGCAUUAAUAACACGGGCUAGCAUGUCGCAACCGCUCCGAGCGACGACCAACCUGGUCAAGCCGAGCACAGCUAGCGCAGCGCCAGGAAAGUCGCAAGCUAGUGGCAAGGCUCGUGCUCAAGAAGAUUCGCAUGACAUGCUGGCACAGCGACAAGACGCGGGGCAAGCCGCGGGCACCAGCGGAGGGCCUAAACGCCGCUGGACCAUUGACGAUUUCGACAUUGGAAAGCCGCUCGGCAAGGGCAAAUUCGGCAACGUGUACCUGGCUCGCGAGAAGCAGAGCAAAUACAUUGUUGCGCUGAAGGUCCUCUUCAAGAGCCAGCUCCAACAGUCCAACGUGGAGCACCAGCUACGGCGUGAAAUCGAGAUCCAGGCGCACCUGCGGCACCCCAACAUCCUGCGGCUGUACGGCUACUUCUAUGACAAGGAGAAGGUGUACCUUAUCCUGGAGUACGCGGCCCGGGGAGAGCUGUACAAGGAGCUGGUGCGCUGCAACCACUUCGACGAGCGCACGUCGGCCACGUACAUCCUGUCGCUGGCGCGCGCGCUGCACUACUGCCACACCAAGCACGUGAUCCAUCGCGACGUGAAGCCCGAGAACCUGCUGGUGGGCCUGAACGGCGAGCUCAAGAUCUCGGACUUUGGCUGGUCCGUGCACGCGCCCAGCAACAGGCGCAAGACGCUGUGCGGCACCCUGGACUACCUGCCGCCGGAGAUGGUGGAGGGCAAGGAGCACACCACGUCCGUGGACAACUGGAGCCUGGGCGUGCUCACCUACGAGUUCCUGUUCGGCGGCCCGCCCUUUGAGGCGCCCGGCCACCAGGAGACCUACCGCCGGAUCGUGCGCGUGGACAUCAAGUUCCCCGACAAGCCGGCCGUGUCGGAUUCGGCCAAGGCCUUCAUCAGCAAGUUGCUGGUGAAGGACGCGCACCGGCGGUUGCCGCUACUGGAGGUCCAGAACGAUCCCUGGAUUAAGGCAAACGCCGACCCCGACAUGCUGGCGCGCGGAAACUAAACGUGCAGCCGCGAGGAAUAACGGCUGUGCUAUCCUGGCCAGUAACGGAGUCUAGCAGUUAUGGCAGCGCACGGCAGUACGGGCCAGGGUCUCCCUGAUGUGGGUCGGUGUCCGACCUGGGUCAGCACGGCUUAGAUGCGCAUCAGCAGAAGUGGGCCCAUAGGGGCAUGGAAGCGCCUUGUGCCGAUGUGGGUUGGGCUGCGCAAUGUGGAAAGUGGGUGAUGCCUGCUGCUGACCUGGGUUUGACGCUGAUGGAUGCUGGGAGAGGACGUCAGGCGGCACAGAUAAGGACAAUCAGCUGGACUGCAAUGGAAGCGAGUCCACGCAAGGGGUUCAUGUUGCUACAGGAAGACAUGGGUGGAGGGAGGAUGCAACAUGUGGCGGCCCUCAGGAUGCACGAGACACGCGCCCAUUUCGUGCGCUCAAUACGGUAGGUGCCACGGUUUGGAGGCCACGAUUGCGCCUCAGGAGUGAAGGAAUGCGUGCCCGUGCCGUACGUGCCAUGGAUUGUAAAACUUGCACAGA